AGCCUGGCGGCCAGGCCGAGCGGCCCGACGGGAGCAGCCGACGCAGCGGUGGAACCUGACGUGGUGGUGAGAAGGCAGGAAGCUUUGGCAGCAGCUCGCCUCAGGAUGCAAGAGGAGUUGAACGCACAAGCGGAAAGAUACAAAGAAAAGCAAAGACAGCUUGAAGAAGAGAAGCGAAGGCAGAAGAUAGCGAUGUGGGAAAGUAUGCAAGAAGGCAAGAGCUAUAAAGGAAACCUGAAGCUGAAUCAGCAAGAAGUAGAAUCUGGUGCCUCCACCUCAUCAGCAGUCCCGAAAUCUAAACCAAACAAAAAGCCCUUGCGAGGAGGUGGCUACAACCCCCUGUCUGGAGAAGGAGGAGGAACUUGUUCCUGGAGACCAGGCCGGAGAGGCCCGUCGGCAGGCGGAUGA